UUGUAACCGAAAGUUACUUUUUCAACAUCAUUCCAGUUCCAUCAUUUCCUUUUGGCUUUUGUUAUUGUUUUGUUUGAAUUAGGAUUUAAGUAAACUCCAAUUCCCUCACUUUAGGUUUUUAGGUACCUACUAUCGACCUAAUUAUAACCGCUAUGUUAAGAACAUUAGAUAGAAUAGUUACUUUUGCCGCCAAAAAUCGAUUUUACUCCAAAAUUAACAAGCAAAUUGACUAUUCUCUUGUCCCUGAACUUACCGAGAGUGAUUUUCGAGAAAAACACAUUAAAGGAUCUGGUCCUGGCGGUUCAAAAAUUGCCACAACUUGCAAUUGUGUUGAGCUCAAACAUAUUCCAAGUGGAAUUAUCGUCAAAUGCCAAGAGACAAGGUACCUGGAAGUCAACCGGAAAAAGGCUCGAUCAAUUUUGCGAACAAAACUUGACAAUCAUUUAAAUGGGGAGAAAAGUAUUGAGGCUCAAAUAAAAAGGCUACAACAGAAAAAGAAAGCAUUUGAUGAUAAAAAAAAAGCAGAAAAAAGGGUAAUGAAGGAGAUAUGGAAAGAACAAGAAAAAUUGCACUGAAAUUUUAGUUAAUAGAGAUAUUUGGUAAUAAUAUUUUCGGCCAUUAUUUUUUAUUCACAGUUUACAGAUGUCAUAUUUGUUAAAGCAAGUGCCAUGUCGUCUUGGGUGACAGUUUUUUAAAUAAUUUUGACUCAUCUAACUUGUUUUUUAUUUUAAGAAAAAAUGUAACAUGGAAACCGAAACUAAUGCAGCCUGAACAUCAAUUUUAAAAAUUAAUUCCCCCAUUUAGCAAUGAGAGAAGGAGAAUAUGAAACAUUAUUGAGAGAAACUGAUUAUGACAGCCAAGCAGCUAACACAGCAAUAAGCCCCAGAAGUCAAUUCUAAAAUAGUAUGGGAAUGUCCACAGAAACUCAAUGGGUUAGGAAACGAGAACGAAGUUACCUUACUCUGGGUGCCUGAAAACAUGGGGUUUGAGAGCAGCGAAUGCGCAGACACACUUGCGAGAACGGGAGAUUCAAAUCCCUUCACUGGUUCAGAACCAUUUUGAGGCAUCGGAAAUGCGCACUUCCAAAGAAUCCCCAAAAAGAAAGAGAACCGGCUAAGAAACAAACAAUGGUUAGAACAGUCAGAACUACGAUAGGCGAAGGAUGUUUUAGGCAACUUUAACCAACAAAGAUCAGAGCUGCUGGUCAGCUUAGCAAGAAAAGUCUCAACACUCUACCCAAGUUUCCCUCGGGACACUGCAGACUUAAGAAACACCUACGGAAAUCGGAGUUGGAAGAAAGCAGUACCUGUACAUUUUGUCAUUAUGUAUAGGAGACACCUCACCACCUUCUACUGAAGUGCGAUACUGUUACUGGUUUAAGGAUGAACAAUCUGGGAAGCCCCCUGUAUAGGUACACGUUAAAGCAUUUGAUCUCUGGAACAACUGAAUAUCCUAAGAUUCCUAAAGGACUUAGGGCUAGAGGGGCUCCUUUGAGCAGGAAACCUGAUUUAAGCAGCAGAAAGAGGAGUACAAUAGAUCUACCUAGGUAGCCAGUGCAACUGGCACCUUGAACACAUACAAUACAAUACAACUGAUUAUUCAGUUCCAGCAAAAUCUUUCAUUUUUACCUUUCAAAAUAAUAAUGUUAAUAAUAAAUCCAGUGAAAAAUUGAGUAUAUAAAUAUUGCUAACCUUGAGGGUCAUUCAAAAGUUGCGCGGUUGUGUUACACAGAAACGAUUCGAUCUAUUACGUUACAGAGAUUAUAUGUAGUUUCUAGACCUAAAUGUAAUUAUAUAAACUCUGUAAAUGUAUAUCAAAAAAAGUUUCAAAUAAAUUCUGCUUGACACUGAAAGUUCCUUGGCACCAAUUACAAAAAAUGUGAAAGAUAUCUAAAGAAGAAAUUCUAUCGAGGCAGCAUCAGAGCUUCUCGGAAAUCUAACAAUUUAUAGAAUAGUGAAUGCUGAAUAAUUAUGCAUUAUCCCAACUGCAAGUGUAGGGCUGUUGUCCAAAACUAAAAGCUCAGCAAACAACAUCACAAUAUUAAUCCUAAAAAAAAGUUCAUUUUAUUUACAAUUGAAUACGUUCUCCCAAAUGGUACCAAAACUUCACUAUCCAUCAGAGAAAAACAGAAGGGUACUACUUGUACUACGGACAAGAUUGUGCCUGUGAUCCAUAUAAUGUUGAAGAUCAAGCAAGCUGGAAGAGUUCAAAAAAGAGCAUGCUAUUGAACUUCUUCAUUCUUUGACAACCCAGUCUCUAGGAAUAUUAUUAGCGGAUCAAGCAAACGUGGUUCCUCCAACCUAGAGGCUUGUUUUACCACCAGAUUUUGGGCCAGUAGGAAUUUCUAAUCACUUUACAAGAAGGCCAAAUAUAAAUAUCAACAAAAACCAGGAACAGAAGAGCCAUGCAUGUUAAAUAAGUACCUACCUAUACUUACUUAUUUUUAGUAGGGAAAUGAAAACAAUAAACCUCUUCUGGUUCCAUGUCGGUCUUUUUAGUGACACUGAAGAAGCUUUAAAAGAGGAGUAGAGAUUGCUGGCUAUUUAUACCGCAAUGGCAUUAUUCGACCACUAUGAGUCAAGUCCAUUUGAGAUUUCAAGCAACUGCAACAACCCCUCUUUAUACACCUAAGUGUUCAAUGAUCUGCAAAAUAGUUAUUAAGCAUGUUAAUUUCCACUAUAACGGUAUGUGUCUUUUUUGAAAAUACAAAAUUAGGAAUUCAAUACUAGGUAUAUUUAUUUUGGAGACUUUAUCUGUCCUCUCAAAGAAUAACUCUUCAAAAAUGCGUUUUUAUCUUGGUAUACACGCAGAAACGAAUUUCAUGCGCUUUCCAGUCGUUUCAAACUUCAGAAGUGAUAAAUAUAAUUUCUAAGACUUUCAGUGCACAAAAAGUUGAAACAAUACCUCAAAAAAAAUUUAAAAUUGCUGUAGUAUGGGUCACGAAAUCGUUUAGUUGGACAUUAUCCAUCUAAAGGACCCCGCACAAACCUUAUGGAAAAUGGCCUUCUCUCAAAUUUGCUGAAUUUUUGAAACUGGUUAGACUUCGAUAUUCUGAUUAAAAGUUAACAUUGCGCAAAAAUGAUUCAGGGUACAGUUUUUGAGUAAAUGGGCUUGAUAGGAAAUGAAAACACAUGACACUUAUAGUAGGUAGGUGCUCAACGCUAUCAAUCGAUACUAAAAUAGCCAAACUAGGAAAACAAAAAAAUAAUAUAUCUCGAGUAAAAUAUACUGAUCCUAGACUUCAACAUCGCUAUUCCACAGUUUUUCAGUAUUGGUUGAUAGCGUCGAGCACAUUACCUAUUAAGCUACAUACAUUUCUAAUAUCAUCUUUUAAGCCCAUUUGCUCAAAAAAUGUACAUUAACUUUCAAUCAGAAUAUCGAAAUCUACCCAAUGUCAAAAAUUCAGCCAAAUUGACAGAAAGCCAUUUUCCAUAAGGUUUGUGCGGAGUCCUUCCACACUAUUGGGAAAAAAGUAUGCAAUCUUUCAACUAAUUUUGUCACAAAAUGAGACUAAGCUAUUGCAGUUCGAUCAAAAAUUAAAGAAUCAGAUCAGGGUACCUUGUGCUGCAAAGGAAAAAAAAAUAUAUUUUUAAUCUUCAUAGAUAUUUUAUUUGGUAAAUCGAAAAAGAUUUGCUAAAACAAGACAAUACUUCUUAUUCAAUGUAUUAUUAAAUAACUAACAAAAUAUCUACAGAGUAAUGAAUUUGAUUUUAUGACUAGAAAAAACAUAUUUUAGUACAUUCUUGCUCUGAUUCUACAUUCUGCCAUUGAAAGUUCUAAAUACAUUUCCAAUAUAUCCGAGCAAAUCAAAAUAGGCAAGAAAUGCCUAAUUCUUAGAAGUUGCGAUAGAUGUUCAGAAAUACAUUUAUUACAAAAUUUCAGGACAAAAGAGAGUCUAGAGCUCUAAAUGAUAUAUUUAAACCCCCACACCGUCUUAAAAACAAUGGCAAAACUUAUUUGAAAAAAAAAAAACUAGUUAUACAAAAUCAAACAAAAGCUGUUAGAUCAUUGCACACUUGUUUGUUUUGCAAUAUUUUCCAAUAAAUAUUUUCUCUAUACAUUCGUAGACUUAACUACGUAAGCAUAAGGAUUUGUACAUAUUAUCUUAUAUAACAAAAAACACUGUUCAUAACAGAGUACAUAGGUAAUGAUAUACAAUAAUUAACAAAAUUUAACGGUCAAAGGUAUUUUUUGGCUUUGAUCUCACAAUUAUGAACUUUGUUCUUGCUAUUGCAAGGUCUGCUAUAAAAAGCUGCAAACAUUUUUGAUGAAGAUGACUGCGGAUUGGCGUUUUUGUAAAGGCGCUUGUGAGAAUUCAAUUAGAAUAUCGUAAAUAUUUCAUCUAAAUCUUUUGGAAACUCACAUAAAGUUAAUCUUGUUUUGGUCUUAUUUGCAAGAAAAUUAUUUAUUUUUCAGAAUUGCGACCAGAGGUGCUGAUUUUUCUACAAAUUGCUUUCAGCGGAAAACAUUAAGAAAGAUAACAGAAUAUAGGAAGUCAUUCUGCAUCAUAUCUUGGGAUAGAAGUUCUUAAACUAAUAAAUGUUAUUGUAUAUCUUUAAAUGUAUACGAGCACUAACCCAAUCUGAAUCAGUAACUGGAGAAUACAAAUACCUUCGGGAGCUCUGGACUCAUCUGAACCAUGCAUAUAACAUAUUCUCUACAAGUUAGGACAGUUUUAAUACAGUGGCUGUCCUACCCUGAUUUCUACAAUUAUAUGGCGUUUGACAAUGCAGGCAUCCUUGCUAAAUUAAAGAUUUGUUCUAAUUAACUUUUUCAUAGAAAAGAUUUAUUGGCUUUUUUUUUGUAUCUAUAUACGAUAUUUUUCAUAAAAGUGUUUGAUUCUCCAAUAGAUUUUUGUACUUGUUCCAGCAAUCUUUUCAGGUCAAUAAAAAAUUAGGCAUGUUAAUUAUGAAAAAUUACAAAAUGUUUUUACACAAAACUUCUACACACUUCAAAUAAACAUUGAGGACAAAGUGUCUGGCAUCGGCAGUUUAAGUCUGGCUCAAGAAUGAUAAUUCUAACACUUCUGGCGAUGUUUUGGCUUGUACCUCUCGUCUUGCAUAUCAAUAAUUUCAGUCUUUCUUAGAAAAUGACAAUCAUCGAUCGCAAAGCUGAAAACGAAUGUAUGUAGAUAUAUUUUGACUGCAUACCACCUGAGAAUAAAUCUACCUGUAAAUUAAAAGCACCAAAGGCGCAGUCGCCAAAUGCCAUAAAGAAUGAUAGUCAAAUACAUAAAAUAUUGGAGGUUGGUCCACUAGCUCUAACAGAAGGAUCAGUCCAGUCAGAGCUACAAACAUGGCACAUUUCCAUACAUAUGGUUGUCUGUAUCGAUAGAUUACUGACCAGAUGAACCAACACAGUGCAGUUAUUGUACCUAUAUCAAUUUGAAUAUAAAUCUAAUGUAUUUUAUGUGCUGAUAUAUUCAACUUACCAACAAUGAUAUUAAUUUGCAUAUUAUACUCAUAAUCAAAUUGCCCCAUACUCAGAUAGGCAGUAUGAUUAGCAAAUAAUGCUAAAAAUAACACAGUAAUCACUAUGAAAAAGAAGCGGGGCAUUAUGUACCUUAA